CGCAUCCAUCCAUCCAUCGCGCGAUGCGCGCGCGCGGCGUCGCGCGCGUCGCGUCGGGACGUCCAUCGACGCGCGCGAGGCGCGUCGUCCAUCGACGUCGCGCGCGCGCGUCGAUGGACGACGCGCGAGGCGCGAAGCGGGCGUCGCCGACGCGCGAGACGACGACGAUGGCGAAUCUGGACUCGGCGCUGGGGACGCGCGCGCGCGACGGCGACGGCGCGGCGACGCGCGAAGCGCGAUCGACGCGCGACGAGGCGUCGGACGACGCGACGCGCGGGCGCGCGGAUCCGCUGGCGGCGUACGACGCGGAUCGGGAUUGGCUCGGCGCGGGGCCGCGAUGGGACGUCCCGCACGGCGGCGCGCGCUUCGCGGCGACGAUGCUCGCCGUGGACGCGAGCUUCUACGCGGCGGGGUGCUUGGCGCCGAUGGUUGAGCACGCGGCGAGGGCGAGUCGGGAAGGGCGGGACGCGCCCGAGAGCGCGGAGGCGCUGGCGGAGGAUUUGCGACGCGCGUUCGACGACCCGAGCGCGUUCGCGGAUAUUCUACUAGACGCGGAGAUUAUUCAAAUCGCGCUCGGCGCGGGGAUUUUGGCGCUGAGCGUGAAGAAGUUCGCGCCGCUGCCGUUGGGGUGGUUUAACGAUGCGUUCUCGUCGAGUGAUGCGGCGGUCAACGCGACGGGUCGCGACGCGUCGAAGUGGAAGCGAGACGCCGCGGCCAAGGCGCAAAACGAACGCGCGAGCGCGAGCGCGAGCGAGGCGGGAAGGGCGAUUUUAGGCACGUUUUUAGGCGUCGCGCUCGUGACGUGGGUUUUGUACGCCGCGGGAUUACGCGGAGGCGAUGGGAAUGGGUCGUCUAGCGUAGACGUCAUCGAAAAGGCGUUCGCGGCGGGCCCUCACGGAAUCGCGAAUCUCGUCGUCACGACGGUGAUUUUGGCGCCGAUUUUUGAGGAGACCGUGUUUCGCGGGUACAUGUUGCCGUCGCUCACGAAAUUUAUGGACACCACCCCAGCCAUCGGGGUGUCGGCGCUGAUUUUCGCGUUGAUUCACCAGCACGGCGUCGGCGACACGGUGCAACUCGUCGCCGUUGGGUUGGCGACGGGCAUCGUGUACGCGAGGACGAGAAACUUGGCAGCAUCCAUCGCGGUGCACGCGGCGUUCAACGCGAGCGUCAUCGCGUUGUUCGCUUUGUGGGUAAGUUGAGCGAGUAACGCAGCAACUAGUAUAUUUUAUUC